AAUCAUCCAGCCACGUAGGCUAAAUGGCACCAAACAUCAAAUACCCGUAAAAUGCAAAAGAAAGUGCAAAAAGAAUUUUUCGCACGAAACACUUCCUGUCUUCUUAAUUUUCAUUGCUUCCGGAAGAGAAAAAUCUGUCACGAACUCACUCACGAUGGCGUUACAAGGAAAGCUAGAUAGAUUCAAAAAGCAGCAGGAGAAAUGUCAAACAACGCUUUCGAGCAUAGCCGCUACCAAGACUGCAUCUGCGUCGAUGCCGAGUGCUCUUGUUCCUGUCAAAUUCUCAACUGAUACCGAGAGGCUUCAGCAUAUUAACAGUAUACGUAAAGCUCCUGUUGGAGCCCAGAUGAAGCGUGUGAUUGAUCUCCUUUAUGAGACUCGGCAGGCUUUAACGUUGGAGCAAAUAAACGAAACAUGCCAUGUGGACAUGAAAGCUAACAAAGAUGUUUUUGACAAUAUGAGGAAAAAUCCAAAAGUAAGAUAUGAUGGAGAAAGAUUCUCUUACAAGUCGAAACACGCCCUCCGGGACAAAAAGGAGCUGCUUUUCCUGAUACGCAAAUUUCCGGAGGGCAUUGCUGUUAUUGACUUGAAGGAUUCGUACCCUACUGUAAUGGAGGACUUGCAGGGUUUGAAAGCUGGCAGGGAGAUUUGGCUGCUGUCCAACUUUGAUUCACAGGAAGACAUUGCCUACCCUAAUGAUCCUAAAGUGCCCAUUAAGGUGGAUGAUGACCUAAAACAGGUUUUUCGUGGGAUUGAGUUGCCCCGUGAUAUGAUCGAUAUAGAGAGGGAUCUCCAAAAAAAUGGAAUGAAACCUGCUACUAACACUGCAAAGAGGAGGAGUGCAGCACAAAUGGAAGGCAUUUCAUCCAAGCCUAAACCUAAGAAGAAGAAGAACGAAAUCACCAAGAGGACCAAGCUGACUAAUGCCCAUCUUCCGGAGCUUUUUCAGAAUUUAAAGAACUGAUCUAAGUAAAGAACUCCUGAUCUAAGUAACUCAUAGCAUGUGUUGGGCGAAUUCUCAUAGUAUAUUUAAUGUCAUAAAAUUGAUCAUGUGUUUAGAGAGUCUUGCCGUCAUCCUUAAGGAUAUAUCUUUUUUUUUAUUGUAUUAGCUUACUUCCACUGGUUUUGGACAUAUCCAAUUUGUCAAAGAAACAAUUUUUCAGAGCACAAUGCAAAUUCAAGGCACUCCAUCCAGGCUUAAAUAAGAUUCUCAAGCAAAAGGUCAAAGGUAGCCAGAGCCCCUCUUCUGGUAGUUUUUUCAAACUCAAGGCCGUAUGGUUUAAACCAAAGCCAGAAAAUGGAGCAGAGUGAAUAUAUUGUGAAUCUAUUCUCAUUCAUACGUCUUACCUCUGGAAAUGAAUAAAUGAUAGUAUGUUGUCUGUUUCAGAUUGAUGUAAUUAUAUUCAACUUUUUUUUUGGAUGUUUGACUAUGUUUAAAUAUUUGCAUGUUAUUCAAAUCUUCUUGGCAAAACA